AUGGAAUGUGUGAUUGCAUGCCUGAGUUCUGCAGUAUCAUCGUUUUCUGAACAUCUUUGUGGCUUGAUCUGCUCCAAAGUUGGGAAUCCCUUCACGUUCAAGUCUAAUUAUAGUCAUCUGCAACAGGAGCUGCAACGUCUAAACGAUCUGAAAUCCACAAUGGACAGGGACCACGAUGAAUCGGUUCCAGGAGUAAAUGACUGGUCGAGAAAUGUUGAAGAAACUGGCUGUAAAGUGAGACCGAUGCAAGCAAAGAUAGAAGCCAACAAAGAGAGGUGUUGUGGUGGCUUCAAAAAUCUCUUUCUGCAAAGCAGGGAAGUGGUAAAGGCACUGAAGGAGGUACGAAGACUUGAGGUACGUGGAAAUUGCCUUGCCAAUUUGCUGGCUGCCAAUCGUCAAGCAAGGGCAGUGGAGCUUAUGCCUGUGGAAUCAAUUGAUCAUCAGCCAGCAGCAUCCAAAAAUUUAGCCACAAUUAUGAAUCUGCUGAAUGAUGAUGCAGUUAGAACGAUUGGGGUAUGGGGUAAGGGAGGAAUAGGCAAAACUACUCUGGUUAAGAAUUUGAACAACAUGCUUAAGGAUGCUUCUUCAACUACUCCACCUUUUAGCUUUGUCAUAUGGAUCACCCUCUCCAGGGAUUGGGACCUCAAAAGCAUCCAGACACAGAUUGCUCGGAGAUUGAAUAUGAAGGUGAAUACCGAAGACAGCACUGAGAGUCUGGCUGCCAGAUUGUGUGAAAGACUGAAGAGGGAAGAAAAGUUUCUCCUCCUUCUGGAUGAUGUUUGGAAGGAAAUUGAUUUGGAUGCUUUGGGUAUUCCCCGACCUGAAGACCACGCGGCUUGUAAAAUCAUAUUGACUACAAGAUUUUUAGACGUUUGCCGGGGGAUGAAGACUGACAAAGAGAUUGCCAUUCAUGUCCUAAACGAUGAUGAAGCUUGGAAAUUGUUCUGUAAAAAUGCAGGGGAGGCAGCCAUUUUAGCAGGCGUUGAAACAGUUGCGAGGGCAAUAACUAAGGAGUGUGGAGGAUUGCCCUUAGCAAUAAAUGUGAUGGGAACAUCCAUGCGAAAGAAGACUAGUAAACACCUGUGGGAGUAUGCAUUGAAGGAGCUGCAAAGUUCAGUGCCGCAUAACAUCUACGGGGUAGAGGAUAGGGUUUACAAGCCUUUAAAGUGGAGUUAUGAUUCCUUGCGAGGUAACAUCCAAUCUUGCUUUUUGUAUUGCUCUUUAUAUCCUGAGGAUUUCUCAAUUGAUAUAGGCGAACUUGUACAAUGCUGGCUGGGGGAAGGGCUUUUAGAUGUAGAUGAACAACAAAGCUAUGAGGAUAUCUACAAAAGUGGAGUUGCUUUAGUUGAAAAUCUCCAGGAUUGUUGCUUGCUGGAAAAUGGUGAUGGUGGCAGAAGCCGCACUGUGAAGAUUCAUGAUGUAGUUCGUGAUGUAGCUAUUUGGAUUGCCUCCUCGGAUGAUAAAUGUAAAUCUCUGGUUCAAUCGGGAAUUGGAUUGAGCAAAAUCCCAGAGUCCAAGUUGACAGAGUCUCUCAAGAGAAUUUCUUUCAUGGAUAAUGAAUUAACAGCGCUGCCUGAUCGUCAGAUAGCUUGCCCAGGGGCCUCCACUUUACUUGUACAGAAUAAUCGCCCCCUUGAGAUAGUUCCCGAGGAAUUCCUGCUUGGAUUUCAAUCACUCAGGGUCUUGAAUCUAAGUGAAACCCGCAUCCAGCGAUUGCCUCUCUCCCUCAUCCACCUUGGUGAACUUCGUGCCCUUUUAUUAAGCAAAUGUGUUAGGCUCAAUGAACUACCCCCUGUGGGGCGGCUUAGUAAACUACAAGUGCUUGAUUGCAGCUACACUAAUAUCAAGGAAUUGCCAGCAGGGCUAGAGCAGCUGAGCAACUUACGGGAGUUAAACUUGUCAUGCACUGAUGGGUUGAAAACCUUCCGAGCUGGAUUGGUAUCAAGGUUGUCUAGUUUAGAGAUUCUAGACAUGAGAGACAGUAGCUAUAGAUGGUGUCUGAAGACAGAGACAAACGAGGGAAAAGCAACACUUGAGGAGCUAGGAUGCCUGGAGCGAUUAAUUGGUUUAAUGGUAGACUUGACUGGCUCCACAUAUCCCUUUUCGGAAUAUGCUCCUUGGAUGAAACGAUUGAAAAGCUUUAGAAUUAGUGUAUCUGGAGUUCCAUGCUAUGUUCCAUGCUAUGUUUGGACAGACCUAUUGUUUUUCAUGAAGGAAGUAUCUGGAGUUCCGUUCAUGAAUAGUUUUAAGAAAGAUGGAAAUUUUGAGGAAAGAGAGGUUCUACUUUCCAGACUGGAUCUGUCAGGCAAAUUGAGUGGAUGGUUGUUAACAUAUGCGACAAUUCUUGUACUGGAAUCAUGCAAGGGGUUAAAUAAUCUGUUUGAUAGUGUUGGGGUCUUUGUUUAUCUCAAGUCACUUUCUAUUUCAUCUUCCAACGUCAGGUUUAGGCCACCAGGAGGAUGCUGUGCCCCAAAUGACCUACUUCCAAAUCUGGAGGAACUUUACCUCAGUUCUCUCUAUUGCCUAGAGAGCAUUUCAGAAUUAGUCGGGACUCUUGGACUCAAAUUCUCAAGGCUAAAAGUAAUGAAGGUGCUCGUUUGUCAGAAACUAAAGUAUCUUCUCUCUUGUGAUGAUUUUACUCAACCCUUGGAAAAGCUGGAAAUAAUUGAUUUACAAAUGUGUGAAGAUUUGAAUGAUAUGUUCAUACACAGUUCAGGGCAGACCUCAAUGUCAAAUCCUGUUGCUCCAAACUUGCGGGAAAUACACUUAAAAAGGCUUCCCAAAUUGAAGACUUUAAGCAGACAAGAAGAAACAUGGCAACAUCUAGAGCAUAUUUAUGUGGAAGAGUGUAAAAGUCUGAAGAAGCUACCUCUGAAUGAGCAAAGUGCAAAUACCUUGAAAGAGAUAAGAGGAGACAUGGAGUGGUGGAAGCAAUUGGAGUGGGGUGAUGAUGUUACUAGCUCCACUCUCCAGCCUCUUUUCAAAGGUCCAAGCUACUACUAG